AUGGACUCCGGUAGUCGAGGUCGAGACCUCGAGGGAGAAAACGAACCUGAAAAUAACCAGGUAGCUACAGCCAUCCAGCGAAUGGCUGAUUUACUUGAGCAAAUGAUCGUCCAACAGGGCCAGAGUCAGGGAAAUAACUCCGAAAAUCCUGGGAGUAGUAGGGGGAACAAUGAGGGGAAGGAUCGUGCUUUAGAGCGAUUUCAAAAAUUUGCCCCCCCUAAAUUCAUAGGAGGACCCAAUCCUGAUGUGGCGGAGGGCUGGCUGGAGCGUAUGCCGGAUAUUUUUGCCGCCUUGGGAUAUAUGGAGGAGCGGCAAGUAUCGUUCGCUACCUUUCAAUUCGAAGGGCCCGCUCGGGCGUGGUGGAAUGUGGUAAAAGUCAAAUGGGAACGAGAGCGGACCUCCUGGACCUGGAAUAACUUUACCAGGGAAUUUAAUGAGAAAUAUCUUCCGCCGAUGGUACAAGAGAGACGGGAGGACGAUUUCAUUCGUCUGCGCCAAGGGGCAUUAAGUGUUGCGGAAUACGAGACCCAAUUUACUAAAUUGUCUCGUUUUACUCCGGAUUUGGUGUCAACGGAGCAAAAGCGGAUCCGUCGCUUUGUUCAAGGGUUGAACAUUGAGAUCCAAGAGGCGUUGGCGGCCGCUCAGUUAGAUACUUUUAAUCAGGUGUUAGAAAAAGCGCAGAGGAUUGAGACAGUCCGGGGUCAAGUAAAGGCAUUUCAUGAUAGAAAAAGAAGGCAGUCGGGCACCAGAAACUUUAAUGCUGGACAAAGCUCGAGAAAUGAGCCGCCCACUAAAAUGGGUAGGGGAGCAGGAGGUCUACGACCGGCGGAGACUUCAAACCAAGGAAAUGCCGGAAGGGGACAAGCGGGGCGAGGGCCCCAGAGGGGUGGCCAAAGAGGAAGGGCGAGUACAGGAAUGAGACAGACCUGUAGUUUUUGCGGAGGCAAUCAUACCGCCGAUAAUUGCUGGAAAAAUAGUGCUGUCAGGAGAUGCUUUAAGUGUGGCAGUACGGAGCACCUGAUUGCACAAUGCUCGAAUAUGCAGACCGAAGGAAGCACUUCUCGGGCAGAAGGGACUACGCCAAAACUAGCAAAUGUAGCAGGGAACCGACCGAAAGUGCCUGCGUGA